AUGGCGCGAUUUCCGCAAACCACCUCCGCGCAUGUCUACGAAGAUGUCUUUGAAGACUCCGCCGACGAGGACGAACAAGCCCAAGCCCACAACCCAGGCUACUCACCAGUCAUCCUAGACUGGAUCGACCGUUUCUGGGAAGAAGACUUCGAUUCCCCCAAUCCCGCACACGACCAAGCCAUCGCCUUCUCCGCCGCCUUAACCGCUCAAUCCACAACUGGCGCCAACUUCUUCCGCGCGCGAGAACCAGAAAUUUCACCUCGAGAAAUAGGUCUCAAAGACAAACAGGCGGUUGAACACGCGCAACGAUACGAUCCCCUUGCCCUCGAGGCGAGAAUUCGAGGUGUUGAGAUUGAAAGAAGGAGGGUGGAGAAUUCUAAACCUGUUGUGAUGAAAGAAGAGCAGCCUGUGCGACAGAAACCUGCGGCGAAUGCUCCUGCUAAAGUUCACGAGGCUAUUACACUUGCUGCGAGUCGUUUUUGUGAGGAUAGUGAGGAUGCUAUACGCAUGCUUAAUACUCUGGCUAUGCAACGGCCGGAUUUGAAGUUGGAGUGUGCGCUUGAGAAGGAGAGGUGGGCGGCCAGACGGAGUGUGGCGAAGAGGCGGGCUGAGAAGGAGGAGAAGGGUGAGGUGAUCCCGAACUCAUCGAUCGAAGGACCGAAGAUCAUGGUGUACUGCCAGUACAUCGGUAUCAGCACAAGGUUGGUGUUCCUCAUUAUUCUGCUCUUCGUUUCCGGCGGACAGGCAAAUCUCGACACGAUCAUUUCUUCGCCACUCGGGGUGAUCGUCGGCUGCAUCUUUCUUGGGAAUAGUGUGGCAUUCAAUGCGAUCACUGCUGCUUUUGUACCUGGUAGUGGCUCUGGGAGUCAGCGACGGUAUGUCUUCCAAGGUAGUCGGACAUUGCCCGAGCAUGCUUUUGCUCUUCCCACGUGGCUUGGAUGGGCUGCGAACAUUAUCGGACUGGAGUACACGGUUUUCACCACGGUCCUCUUCGUCUUCCCUCCCUGA